AUGCCAGUGAAAUCCGAGUUCUCAGACGUGUCUAUUUCAACAAGUCCGUAUUAUGCAAAAGUUCUCGCGAAAAUCCUCGAGCAUCACCUUGAGACUCCUGGACGAGCAGCAUUUAUAUCAGCUGAGAAUCCAAAUGAAAGCGUGACAUGGCUUGAGCUUUUCGAUUACUCCCACUCGUUGGCUAAUUUCUUCAAGGAGCAUCGUUUUGAGCGCGGCGAAGUUUGCUGUUUGGUAUUGCCGAAUUGUUGGCAGUACGCGGUCGGAUUUCUGGGAGUGACGCUGGCUGGUGGGGCAGCUUCGGGAGCGAGUGCCAUGUUCACCGAUUAUGAACUAGAGCGUCAAUUCAUUGACUCACAAGCGACAGCGAUUCUCACCGAUGAGACGCAUCUUGAGCGCGUUCGAACGGCUGUCACCAGAGCUUCACUAGUGAAAACAAUCUUGUGCAUUCGGCACUCUAGCAACCCGUUACCGCAAGGUGUCUACGAUUUUGCUCAAGCCGUCUCCUCUAGCGCCCGUUUCGAGCCGGAUAACAAAAAUUUCAGCCCCGACGAUUUACUUUUGUUGCCAUACUCAAGUGGAACCACUGGAUCACCAAAAGGAGUCAUGUUGACACACAAAAAUUUUGGCACAAUGACCGAUGUGGUUUUGAACCAUUUCCACAAGGUGAUGUACCCUGAAGUGAUGCCAGGAUAUGAGCCGUUAAAGGAAAGCGUUCUUCUUCUACUCCCUUUCUACCACAUUUACGGUUUUGGUCUCUUGAUGAAAAACAUCUUUGAGGGGACUACUGGAGUGAUAUUCUCGAAAUUCGAUCCAGUACUUCUUUGCCAGAAGAUACAGGAUUAUAAGGUUCAACAACUCUUCGUCGUCCCUCCCAUUGUCAUCUUUCUCGCAAAACAUCCAGCUGUCUCUAAAUUCAACUUGAGUUCCGUAAAGAUGAUGUUCUCCGGGGCGGCACCCUGUGGGAAAGACAUCAUCGACGAGUUGCUCAAUAAGCACAAGACGAUCAGAUUUUUUGGGCAAGGUUAUGGAAUGACCGAGUGUGGAAUGGUCUCUCAUCUACCAGCUCCAAAAGCCAAGUCGACCAUCUCGGCCGGGCGACUCACUUCAAACUUUGUGCAGAAGAUCGUUGAUCUAAAAACGGGCAAAGAGUGCAAAACGGGUGAUCGAGGAGAGGUUUGGGUGGCUGGACCGACGAUCAUGAAGGGAUAUUUGAAUCGACCCGAGGCGACAGCGGAAACGAUCGAUAAGGAUGGCUGGUUGCAUACAGGCGACAUUGGCUAUUUGGACAAAGAUGGGAAUCUCUUCGUUGUCGAUCGAUUGAAAGAGUUGAUAAAAGUGAAGGGGUUGCAGGUACCCCCGGCUGAACUCGAAGAUCUCCUGUUAUCACAUCCGAAAAUCCGAGACGCAGCCGUGAUUGGGAUUCCCGAUUCAAGAAGUGGCGAAGCCCCAAAAGCUUUCGUUGUUCGUGCAGACGAUCAUUUGUCAGCCGAUGAUGUGAUCAAUUUUGUCAAAAGCAAGGUCUCAUCGUAUAAACAGUUGACGGGUGGGGUCGAGUUUUUGAGCGAGAUCCCAAAGGCUCCGUCGGGGAAAAUUCUUCGUCGACUCUUGCGGGAUCAAGAAAACGCCAAAAAGAGCAAGAUU